UCAAGGUUAGUUCACCAAUAUCAAGCGUAUAAUAAGUUAUUGGUAAUCCAAGAUAAAUGUGAUGAACAAGAGAAGUUUGUUGUUAAAGAUGAAGCAUUAUGGUUUAUGAAGAUAGCUUGGAAUAUGGGACUAAAAUGUAAAGAAGAUCCUAAAAAAACGAAAGAAUUUUUCACGCUUUGUUAUCAGCUUCUAUCAUUGUGUGAGAUAGAUAUAAACACAGCAAGUCGACAGAAGACCUGUAUGAUGAUGGCUAGUUUUGCUUGUCUACAGUUGGCUAGACAUAUUAGUAAUGAUGAUGAAAGGAAAUGCUUGUAUGAAGAAUGUUUACAUCAUGUGAAUGAAUAUAGACAACAAACACAGAGAGCUGAUACACUCUGGGCAACAACUGAUUGUAAUAAUAAGGACUAUUCUGACAUAUUGUUGUUAUUAUGUGAGUUUGAAUCUAGAGUUAAACUUGAUGAUCCACAGAUAGAACAACUUCUAGAUAAAAUCUUAUCCUUACCACAACCAGAUCCUAAAACAUUUGAAAUCAUUGCUACCUUGUCAAUCGAGGCUCCAGCUAAUAAUAAAAAUAUCAGUAUACGAGCUUUGAAAGUGGCGAUUAGAACCCAUUUACAAUCAUCUCAACCAGACUAUGACCGAUGUAGUAAAGAUAUCCACAGUUUAAUACAGAUGUCUAUAUGUAAUGUUACUAGUGAUAACACAGUUAAAGAGGAAGUCAUGAAUUAUUACAAGGAAACCUGUGAUGUCAUAGAGAAUAGAGCUAAGGAAGCUUAUCCUGAAAUGGAAAUUCUGUGGUUAAUGACGAAAGCGUGGAACUGCGGAAUACAUUUCUAUAGGUGUGAUAAUUAUACAGAAGCUGAAAGAUGGUGUGGUAUGGCUUUACAUCUUCUCUCACAUUUAACCACCAUUAAAAAUAAUUAUGAAGAAAAGAUGAAUACAGUUUAUGGUGAAAUAUUAGAAAACCUUGAUAAAGCAAAACCUCUAGCAUCAUUAGAAGAAUAGUUUUGGUACACAAAAUUAUGCUUCUGAUCUUAUUCUCUCUACAUAAUAGAGAAAUGAGGGGUCAUCAGAAUGUGUGGUACUUGUGUAAUGUUUACUAAAUUAUUUGUUAUGUUUGAAUAGAACUGAGUUCCA